UUCUUAUCGUGCAACAAGUAAUCUUGCUGUGCAGCUAUACAUAAACAUUUCCUUGCUGCUGCCUGGAUCCGGACCUCUAUAUUCAGCUUGCUAUCUGCUCACCCUGUGCUUGUUGAAAGCGCUUCUCUCCUUCUCCCUCUGACCUAUUGGCUUGUCUUUGUAUUUUAGCUUCAGGUUAUGAUUUUCUUGUUUCUACUAGUAAGCAGCCUUCUACAGAGACCAGAUCUGUAGCUCUCCUGCAGCCAAGUCCAAGCUCCCAGGCUGAUCCUCUGGCAAACUACCUCGAAAGGUCCAUUUCCUCACACAGAUCCUUCCAAUAAACCUUUUAGCUCUACGACAUCUGGUGACCUCAUGUAUUCCUGUGGUCAGCAUCGUCCCGGGAGAUAGACCACUCUACUUGUUUUAAAUAAUUGUCAUGUGCAUUCAAGCAAUGUGACUUUUUAUUUACAUUUGCCCGACCCUGUGCAUUUCUUGGAAUCUGUUGAUCUUUGCUACAUUGAAAUAUCUGUGCCACUUGGAGAUGCAGACCCCCUGGAUUUUCCACACUGUAAUGGAUGUUUGUAGACUUUGUCGUGCAUUUGCCCCUGGCUGCAGCUGGUCUGUGCUUGCCAACAAAGAUGUAUAUCAUCAUGUCGUGUCCCAUUCUCUUUUCACUAGUAUAUUCACCGCCAGUGAAUAAGUGCUGCUGCAUGAACCAAGAUGGCCGCUCAGACUUGCUUCAGUGGACGGUAAGGGACCAGCUUCAGAGCUUCACUAUUCUGGUAGCAGCUGUAUGAGAGAAUAAUGGGAAUCCCCUCAGAAAAAAAAAAUCCAUCUGCUGCUCAUCUAUGUUGCGGUCACUGGAAAAGGAGAUCAAAAAGUGCCAUUUUUGUCAUCUUUGUUAUGCUGCUUUCCUAUAUAUAUCACAGUACGAUCAAGACACGCAGAGAUAUCUUUUCAUUCCCCAAUACCACUUCAGUUCCCUGGAAGCGGUCUACAGCCAUGUUUCCCUACCUCAUAGAAGAGGACAAAAAAUGUACAAGUGGUCCACCAUUUUUACUGCUGCUCAUUCCUUCAAGACCUGAAGAAACCCAGACAAGAAAUGUUUUGAGGAAGACUUGGGCCAAUGAGACUUUGAUGGAGGGUGUCCAUAUCACAAGACUUUUUCUGCUGGGGAGGCCAACUAGCAAUGAAAAUGGAAUUCAAGAGAAGGUGAUACAGGAGAGCUCCAUGUUUCAUGAUAUCAUACAGCAAGACUUUAUAGACUCCUACAACAAUCUCACUCUCAAGACUUUGAUGGGUAUGGAGUGGACCAGCCGCUUAUGUCCUGGUGUCAGUUACGUUAUGAAAAUUGACACGGACAUGUUCUUCAACCCUUGGUUUCUUGUGGAGAAAGUCUUGCAGCCAAAAACUCCUCCCAGAGUGAAUUAUUUUACAGGGCUGGUUGUAAUUGGAGGUCCACCGUUCAGAGACAAAGGCAGCAAGUGGUAUGUGUCAUUCGAGGCUUACUCCAAAAAUAUUUACCCACCCUACUGCUCUGGCACAGGUUACGUCUUAUCUGGGGACCUUGCGGAAAAGAUUUACAUGCAAGCAGAGUCCUUAAACAUAUUCCCUUUCGAAGAUGUUUUUGUGGGAAUUUGUUUGGAAAAAAUAGGGAUUCAAAUCAGCAAGCCAGCAGGAAACUGGUUUUUAGGGGAAAAGAUUGAGUACAGCAGAUGCCAGUUUGCAAAGCUCAUUACAGUUCACCGCUUUACACCAGAUGAGCUGCUGAAGCUCUGGCCGGAUUUCACUGAGGCUGUGAAAACCUGUAGCUAGCAGAGUGCUAGUUUCACUUUCAUUGUGACUAAUUUAUAUUGGUAAUGUGCCCAAAACCUUGACAGAUAGAAAUGACUGUAGUGUAAACUGCAGGAGAUCUUUAGGCCACUUCGAAACGCAGAUUUUCAGGUGGUCAACCCAAGUUCGUUGGAGGCUAUUGUAUUCAUUUUCAGCUCAGGAAUGUACAUAUGACCCCAUCUUUUGAGCAUCUUCAUAUGAACAGGAUCCUACACAUAUCAUACCUUUCCAUGUAGGAACAUAUGUUGACCUGCAUCACCAUACCAAGCAAAUUUUUUGUCUUUGGGUCCAGUGCCCUAUUUUUCAGCUCAGCCCAAAGGCCGUUGUACUGUAGUUACUGGAUUGCUGUUGAGGCAGUUCUUGUGGAUUGGUUUGCAGGUAGGCUCAGGGCACACGAUGAGCCCUUAAAUCACCAGAAAUCCAUGAUACAAAUCUGGUGAACAGAGUACAGUAUCUCUUGAGUUAUAAUUGUCCAAGCUGCAACACAUGGACAAUAUAAAUGGUGAUGAGAUAUGUUCAGCAGUACAACCACCUUUCAUGUUCCCCUAUAGGUCAAUGAGAAAUAUGGAAAACUACAUUAAAUGUUGGAGGUUUUCAUGUGAAUUGAUCUUGUUAUCUUCAGUGAGUUCUACCAUGGAACACUUCCAAAAGUUUUAUAUGACAAAUUGCUUAGACCUGUAUCUUCAGCACUGAAUCUGUCUGAACUGAAGAUGGCUCUUCUCUUUAGUACAGUGGUUCUCAAACUUGUUUGAAUCCCGGAGCCCUAGAGUAUCAGAAUUUUUUUCAUAGCACCCCUAAGCCAAAAGUUUCUUAUUGAGAAUUUUAGAAAAAAAUACUAAAUUAAGUAAAUUGUGUUUAUAUGUCAUCCUUAGGUUUAAUUGUGUAGUGAGGGACAAGAUUGGCUUCUGGGGGUAAUUCAGACCUGAUCACUGCUGUGCGUUUUCGCACAGCGGGCAAUCAGCUCUGAACUGCGCAUGCAUAUGCACUGCAAUGCGCCGGCACGGUGCACAACAGCACCGGGCAUCGGUGCCUAGCGACGGGAUGGUGUAAAAAAACUGAUCACACGGGGCGAUCGAAAGGUGAUUGACAGAAAGUGGGUGUUUGUGGGUUUCAAAUGACCGUUUUUGCAGGAGUGUCCGGAAAAACGCAGGCUCACCCAAGCGUUUUCAGGGAGGGUGUCUGACGUCAGCUCCGGGCCCUAUCACCAGGAAUCCAUCGCAGCGGUUGAGUAAGUCCUGGGCUGCGCAGAGACUGCACAAACUGAUGUUUGUGCAGCUCUGCUAAAUAAGCAAACGCACACUAGCAAAGGCUUUACCCCUCCCCCCUGUAGGCGGUGACUAUCUGAUCGCAGGGCUGCAAAAAAUGCACCCUAGCGAUCAGGUCUGAAUUACCCUCUCUGUUCGUCCACAUAUGUUAUGAUUGACAGCCACCAGCACUGAUUUUGCCAAUUACAUUGACUAUCAAUAAUUUUAUUUGGUUCCUGGACCACUAAUCCAGGGCACCCCUGUAUGUGUCCUGAGGCACCCCAGGGUGCCACGGAACACAGUUUGAGAACCACUGCUUUAGUAAACCAUACAAGUAUAAGCACAAUAAAUGUACUCUUAAUAUUUUAA